AUGGUAGACCCAGCCACCACGACGACGAACCCCCCAGACAUCAACCGCGGGCCCCAGAUCCUCGCCGUGUGCGGGACGCUCGUCGGCCUCGCGGUGGCGGCCGUCUCGCUGCGCGUCUGGGUGCGCGCGACCAUCACGCGGCAGCUCGGGUGGGACGACGGGCUCAUCGUCGCCGCCGCGGCGGUCAUGCUGGCCGAGAUGCUCGUCAUCGUGCCCGAGGUCCGCCACGGCGCCGGCCGCCACGUCCAGCACAUCCGGCCCGCGUCGGAUGUCGUCGUGGGCCUGCACCUCAACUUUGUCACCCAGCCGCUGUGCCUGGUCAGCCUGUGUUGCACCAAGGUCAGCGUCGGGUUGUUCCUCCUGCGGCUGAAACCGUCGCUGCGGUUUGUCUGGUUCAUCCGCGGCGUGAUUGUGUUUAUUGUCUUGUCGGCUGCGGGGAAUUUCUUGACGGUGUUCUUCCAAUGCACGCCGCUGGAAUUCAUCUGGGACCACUCGAUACCGGGCGGCAGGUGUAUCCAAGCAAGGGACCUCAAAUUCGCCGCCUUCUUUAACUCCAGUGUCUCUCUCCUGACCGACCUGGUAUUCGCCCUACUGCCGGUCCCCAUAUUGUGGUCUGUACAGCUCAAUUGGAAGGUCAAGAUUGCUGUCAGUGCGGUACUCGCCCUGGGUAUCUUCGCGUCAGCAGCAGCCGUUGUGAAAAUGAUGUUUCUAUCUAGCUACGGGUCCCAUGGGGAUUUCCUCUGGGACAGCACAGAUAUAACAAUCUGGACGACAGUCGAGAUAUGCACCGCCAUAAUCGCAGCCUCGAUCCCCAGCCUGAAGCCCUUAUUCAAGGCCAUCCUCGAAGGCUCGUCGGCCCUCAGUCGCAGGACGAACAAGUACAUUGGGAACAACGGUAGUCUGGCAAACGCAACGAAGCACAGGGAGAACGGCAUCGAAAUGUACAAGAGUCGACUCAACAGCACAGCAGUUGCGAGCGGUGGGCGCCGUCAGUUCGACAACGAGUCCGAAGAGAUGAUCCUUUCGGAGGAGGAUGUGGUCCAGAAGACGACCCAUGUCUCUGUCUCGAUCGAAGACCCCGAAGACUCCGCCGGGAAGAUAUGA